GCCGGCCGCCUGAAGGAAGUGCUCACGGUGAUUCCUCCUGGACUUUGAGCACAGAGUUUAAUCCCGGGAAGGGACAGGUUGCCGAGGCUCGUGUCUCACGCAGUUCAGGCGGCCGCAGCUCUCCGCGCAGCCGAGCCGGGAUGGCGGCGCAGGUGUCCGUCCUGCCGUCCCCCCGGUGCCUGUUCGAUGAGCCCGUGCAGAUCCGUGUGGCCGGUCUGCGGCCGCAGCAGCCCGUCAUCGUCCGAGCCAGCCUGGUGGACGAGAGCGGGGAGCUUUUCCAAUCCCACGCUCUCUACAGGGCUGAGAGCAGCGGGGAGCUGGACCUCAGCCGCUCCCCAGCGCUGGGGGGCAGCUACUUGGGAGUGGAGCCCAUGGGGCUGCUCUGGGCUCUGCGGUCCAAAACGCCCUAUAAGCGGCUGGCCAAGAGGAACGUCCUGACCCCUUUCUGUGUGGACUUUGAAGUGUAUGAGGGCCGUGGGGACACGAGCCGCUUGCUGGGAAAAUGCACCAAUGAACGAUGGUUUUUAGGAGAGGGGGUGAAGAGGAUUUCGGUCAGAGAAGGUCGUCUCAGAGCAACCCUCUUCCUCCCUCCUGGACCUGGCCCAUUCCCUGGACUUAUUGAUUUGUAUGGAUCUGGAGGAGGUCUUAUUGAAUACAGAGCAAGUCUCCUGGCUAGCAGAGGCUUUGUGACUCUGGCUCUUGCUUACAUGUCCUUUGAAGAUAUCCCUGCUAUGCCAGAGUUCCUUGAACUGAGCUAUUUUGAGGAGGCUGUGAGCUUUUUGCGUAAGCAGCAGCAGGUGAAAGAUACUGGCAUUGGUGUUUUGGGCUUGUCUAAAGGAGGUGAUCUAGCCCUUUCCAUGGCCACAUUUCUACCUGGCAUCAAGGCAGCUGUCAGCAUAUCUGGAAGUAGUUUUAAUUCCUUUGUUCCCCUGAAGGGGGAUGGAUUCACUAUUCCUGUCCACCCAUAUGACUUGGGGAGGAUGAAGAUCAGUGAUGAGUCUGGCAUAGUAGAUUUUUCAGAUGUCUUAGAUGAUCACAUGGACCCAGCAACUUGGGAUUGUCGCAUUCCUGUGGAGAGGUCCUUAGCCAAGUUCCUCUUCCUGUCUGGACUGGAUGACAUGAACUGGAAAAGUGCCCUCUAUUGCCGGGAUGCUGUUCAGCGCCUGCAGCGGCACGGCCGGGAGGUGGAGUUUUACUCCUACUCUGGAGCAGGGCACCUCUUGGAGCCACCAUACUUGCCUCUGUGCAAAGUUUCAAUCCACAGGGUGCUUGGGAUGUUGAUGCAUUGGGGAGGACAGUGGAAAGAGCAUGCUAAAGCCCAAGAAGAUGCGUGGCACAGGAUACAGGCCUUUUUCUGGCAACAUUUGAUGGACUCCGAUAGCCCUAAGAGCAAGCUGUAGUGGAAGCUGUCAUAGAUGCUGGCCAGGGAUGGUAUUUCAGCAUUCACUGGAUCUUGGAAACUCACCAGAAGUUUCCUGGACUGCCUUCCUCUAAACUCCACUGUUGUAUAGUUGUUUAUUUCCAUUCCCCAUAUAAUUUCCCAUUUUUUAGUUGAAUUUCAGUUGACUUCUGACCCCAGUUUCACAGUAGAUUGGCAUCUGUGCUGUAGUCUAAAAACAACCAAGCAUCCCAUCAUCUAAAUCACAUUUGUGCUGAGCUAUCUUUGCCCUCAAUCUGCAGCCAUCUCCUUUCAUAAGAGGACAUACUCUCAAAGAAGGAGUUAUCCAUUCAAUGGUUUAGUCUUGCACCUUUAACUAACCUAGAUAUAAACAGCAGUUUUGUUGGACAACACAUUAGUACACUCAUCUUUACUCCUGGUAUAUUGUUUUCUCCCAUUUUGUAGUAAAAAUGUUGUAGUAGUUCUGAUCUCAUCUAAGGGAAGAGGCACUCUUCUGGCUUAAUCUGAAGUGCAGUGAUAACAUUUUUUUUUUCCUGGUACCUCAAAACCCAGAAGUGAAUCUUACUCAUAUUACCCUGGUUAUAUCUCCUGCUGAGUCCAUAUAAGUUCCAUAUUACGGUAAAGUUUUUGCUGCACUACUCAGGGAGUGCAAUGUACAGUGUAUCUGUGUGUGCACAGUUUGCUUGAGAUUAUCUGAAUGAAGCCUUCAGCCAUCUGUGCACCUGCCAAUACAUUAAGGAACAAUCCUGGUGUAGCCACAAGCUGUUACUUCACUGGAUUGAAGAGGUCAUGAGCAGAAGUCCUCACCUGCUGUUGGGAAGAGAAGUGAUGGGGUCUGUGGCUUUGCACAGUGUUCAACAUGGGGGUGACACAGAUGUGCCAAGUACUUGGUUUCAUAUGGUGAAAGUUAGUUUGUCUCCACUUUGGGGGGAGCAGUAAAGCCAAUGCUGCUGAGUUCCCAGGAGCCCAGUGAGAUGGGCUGCCUCAGUGGUCCUGCCACUAUAGCAGACAUCUGUGGGCACAGUGACAGCUAAGAAAUGCCACUCUUCCAGAGAGGACUGACCUCACCUUCUGCGAAGAAUGUGCAUUUUCUUACCCUUUACCAGUGUCCAAACCUGCCAAGGGGACUGUAAUCACUUUGUGCUUUUGUGGGAUAGUGGCAAACAGUAGCUGCAUACCAAAUAGCAUGUGGAGCAGGUUCUCCCUCCUGGAGCAGUCAAGACUCACACCCUGACAACAGAAGCAAGCAGGAGCUGGAAGUCUGCAUUGCAUUGAGGUAGAAAAAUCUUGCCUUUGACAGUGUAGUCCCUGGUUUCAUGUUCCUGCUGAGACAAAAGCCCUGUAGGAGCCUGGAUCCUGCUGAGGGAGGAAUCAUGCCCUUAGUUUUCUUGUUUUGGGGGGGCAGUGAUCACUCAAAAUAAGCACAUUGGGCCUCAGAGGAGUGGGGACUCUCUCAUACAAUAUUUUCAGCACAGACACUCCCUUCAGGUACUUCUGCUUUUCCUGAACCCCCUGUUCCUCAGACUGGUGGAUGGGUACCACAUAGCUGAAGGUGUGAGUAGUUAAGAGUGGGGACAUUUCUCUCCUGCUCACCCAUACUGGUCAUCCAUCAAGUUUUUUGCUGUUGCCUCUAACUUGAUUUCUGUUUGUCCCUUGUGUGCCCACGUCCUGCAUGGACUGUGGUUGUUCCAGAUGUUUAGCAAGUGGGUGGGACCUGGCACCAGAGUAACAUAUAACAACAAGGAAAGUCAAACACAUUUAAGCAGUUCCAUCUGAGUAAGGGACAUUUUCUUUUCCCUAAUUUUUCUGUUUUAUUGACGCAUUCAAAAAAUCCUGGGCUGCUGAUCCACAUAUUCCUCACACUCAGGGUCUUAGACUGUGAGUUUCUCUGUGGUAUGAGUAAUUCUGUUAUUUUAUUUUUACUGAACACAGUGGGGUUUAUACAAAACAGUGUGUUGGUUUCCAGCCUGUGGGAUAACUCACAUCUAUUUUAAUCCCUUCUGAGGGGAAACCAAGCUUUCCCAGUCUUCAGUGGGCAGAUCUAUAUUUGAAUUACAAAAUUGUGACCUUCCAGGAAAAUACAUUAUGUAUAGGAAACUACCAUUACAAAUAAAAAUGCUUUCCAUCAGUAAAUCAACAGUGUGGUCAGUGACACUUUCAUCCAGUUAUGUUGUCACGUUUGGCAGUCAGGUUCAUGGAAAACAGUGUUGAAAAUAGAGGGUGAAGGGAGCUGACUGGUGACUCCAUUGGUGACAACAGCACAUAGAACCUUUUUCUUUUGUUGCUCUGGAAUGGCAGCUUUGCUACCCACUUAAAAGGCCUUUAUUUAUCACUUGGAUGGCAUCUGACAAGAAAGACUGAAAAAGCUGAUAUAGCUGAGCAUCUCUGUGCCAUGUACAGGAGAAUAUUCAAGGCAACUCAGUCACACUGCGAAUACUUUUAAAAUUAAACUCAAAUUUGUAGCUUAUCUUCAGGAAACUGGAAACUGGAAACUGAUGUCAGACUAACACAAAAUAGCUGCAAAUGGCUUAGCUUCAGUAAAACACUUCUGCUUGUUCUUAAGCAUGUUCUUCAGCAUUUUGCUGAAGGCUUUGACUACUUAACAUUUCUUCUGCUGAAAAAAUGAUUUAGACCAGUAGGGCUAAGAUCACAGGUUUCUUUCAAGACAAUAUUCUACUAAUUGCAGACUCUUGAGUCAGAGUGCUCUAUAUAGUCUCUCCAGGCCUGCUGAAUACAGAUAACAUUAUUCAAGAACAAUGUGAAAGUUAUUAUUUAAUUAAAGAUAAUAGACCUUUAGCUGCAAGAGAUCCUCUGCCAAGCACAACUGAUAAAUCUAAUAGAAAUUAGAUGGGAAAGUCUGUUUUUGUAAUCUGCUUAAUUGAAAAGUGCUUCAGAUAAAACAGAGUAUCAAAGGACUAGCUUGAACUGAAAAAUCUCAUCUUUAUUCUUAGUCAUCCACUGUUCAACUCUGUACUACAUUUCUAUUUUGAGAACGAGAAAAGCUUGUGACAAGCCUCUUAAGAACUGAGAAUAACCCCUCAUGUAAGCUGCUAUGAACAAGUUUGCUAUAAGGAAACAGUAUGUCUUGCAAUGCUUUUUUAGGGCAGGAUGAUUUCCCUGGGUACCAUGGAAUCAGGCAACAAUGGAGAGUGCUGAUUUGCCCAAUACAUUCUUAAAAUUUUCCAUCUUUGCAUUGAAAACUGACCCUGAAGCAUUUUGAUACACAUACAGUAUAACUUGAAGGAAACUGCAGAAUGAAAGUAGUCAAAAGGCCUUUAUUAGCAAAAAAGUGAACCACAGGUGCAGAGGAGAUGAAACACCUUUGAGAAAGUGGCUGUCUCUGCAGAAGUAGUGGGUAUUUGAGGCUUCAGUGGAAUUUUAAUGAGGAUUAUGCUGAGCAAUGGGAUUUCAAUGCAAAUGUGCUUCUCUAAGCCUAGGAGCUUCUUCAGGUGAAGCAGUGGCUUCUGCAAGUGAGGUUGUUUCAUGGCCACAGAAGAGGAAUGAAGUGAAAGAUGAGAAUAUAUGUUGUGUAGUGUAAUUUAGGAGUCACUUUUCAUCACUUCUGGUUUCUCUUUUCUGUAUGUUUUUUAAAGUCUAAAGAUUUAGUUGGUUUUCUUUUUUUUUUAAUUCAAAGCUUAGUCAAUUCUUUAAUACAUUACCAGAUCAUUUGUUAUCAAGCUGUGGGAUAAGACCAGUGUUUAAUGACAAUAUAAAAAUAGUAAAAUUUUUUCUAUAUUAGUACUUUGCUUAAAAAAUUAUAAUUCUACCAUUUCAUUAAAAAAAAUCACUAUUCUGCACUUUUUAGUUCUAUGUACAUUGUUCUGAAAUGGAAUCUGAUCCAAAUGUAGUAUUAAGCACAAAGAAAGUGACGCUUUGAUUAAGUUUGGGGAGAAGAAAGAUUAAUAUUUCCAAUGAACUAGUGCUUCUCGCAGCAGUUACUGCAAAAUAUCCCUGCUAUUUUUCAUUGUCAAGGACAAAAAUUAGAAAUGCUGAGUCUUAAAAAAUUGUCUGUGCAAAAUUUGUGUAAAACCUAAAAAUGUCUGUACCCUGACUCUGGAUAGCACUUAGAGAAAAAUAAUUAAAUUAGUUAUCUUCUAUUUA